GUAGUUUUUGUUUUUAGAAUUGUAAUUCAUAUAUUCCUCUAAGAGAAAAUAAAUAAAAAAUAAUAAUAAUCUGACAUAAAAUGAAUUAUAUGAAGUGCUAGUGUUUUUAUAUUAAUACAACAUAUCGUAUAUGUUAAGAAAUAUAAUUUUAAUGGGCUACAAAUUUAGUAGCUCAAAAUGCCUCAUAAUUUGCCUUGGACUUACUUUUUUAAUGGGAUGUUUUAUAGCUACUUUACCAAUCCCCCCAUCAAAGCCACAAAAUUUAAGAAUAUCAUCAAGAACACUUGAUAAAAAGAAGUUAGCCAUCAUAGUACCAUUCAGAGAUAGAUUUGAAGAAUUACUUGAAUUUGUGCCACACAUGUAUGAAUUUCUAGGGAAACAGCACAUACCGUUCCAUAUAUUCGUAAUCCAGCAAAAAGACGUACAUAGAUUCAAUCGGGCGUCUUUAAUUAAUGUUGGAUUUCUCUAUACAAAAGAGAAAUAUGACUAUAUAGCAAUGCAUGAUGUUGAUUUGUUACCUCUUAAUGAUAAAUUAAGGUAUGACUAUCCAGCCUUGGGCCCCUUGCAUAUUUCUUCACCACAAACCCACCCAAAAUAUCAUUACGAUACUUUCAUUGGUGGCAUUUUAUUGAUAACAAAGGAACACUUUGAAAUGGUGAAGGGAAUGUCUAAUAAUUAUUGGGGGUGGGGGUUGGAGGAUGAUGAGUUCUAUGUGCGGUUGAAAGAUGCCGGGCUGAAAGUGAUAAGACCACAGAAUAUUACUACGGGGACAGAAAAUACAUUUAAACAUAUCCACGAUAAAGCAUAUCGCAAGCGAGAUAUGAGGAAAUGUUUCAAUCAGAGAGAAGUCACCCGUCACAGAGACAGAGUGACUGGAAUACAUGAUGUGUCAUACACCAUACAUAGCAAACACAGUGUUGCCAUAGAUGACUUACCCAUUACAGUGGUGAAUGUAGUGUUAUUGUGCAAUAAAACGGCAACACCAUGGUGUCAGUGUCCCGAACCGCCGAAAGUUAAAAAGAAUAGGUGAAAGUGUGAACUCAGUGCUUAA